CAGCGUGAAUCCCACCGCUCUCCCGCAAUCGUGGGGCUUGCUGCGAAGAGCGCCCCUCGCCUUCCCCCAUUGGCCGUUAGAAGAUCCGCCUUGCUGUGUGAUUGGCGAUCGACCCCUGCCCUAGAGGCCGGUGAGGGCCACUGCCGCCGCUGCUCGGCCCGGCAUGGCGGGUUGCAAGGCGUACAGAACUCGAGCCCGCAAGAAAGGCGGCCGGAAUCGGCCCGCUACUCUGAUUUUAUAGAAGAGCUGUUCCUUAUGAAGAUGGGACUUCUGGUGUUUAUGCGUAACGUGCUACUUGCUCUCUGCCUCUUUCUGGUCUUGGGGUUUCUGUAUUACUCAGCUUGGAAGCUGCAUCUGCUCCGAUGGGAGGAUUCAAAUUCAGUGGUUCUUUCCUCUGACUCCGUUGGACGUUCAAUAGGCUCAGAAUAUGACAAACUGGGAUUUCUUCUGAAGUUGGAUUCUAAACUGGUGAUCAUAUCACUUACUAUUUUUCACAGGCCUCCAGAGCUAGUAUCAAAAUACGGUAAUAUCUCAGAGGGUGUUUGCAAGCCUGGGUAUGCUUCUGCUUUGAUGACUGCCAUCUUUCCAAAAUUCUCCAAGCCAGCACCAAUGUUUUUGGAUGAGUCCUUCAGAAAAUGGACAAGGAUUCGGGAUUUUCUUCCACCUUUUGGGAUUAAAGGACAAGAUAAUCUAAUCAAAGCUAUCUUGUCAGUAACAAAGAAUUACCACAUUACUCCAACCCUUGACAGUCUUAGCUGCAGACGAUGUAUUAUUGUGGGAAACGGUGGCAUUCUAGCAAACAAAUCUCUGGGCUUGAAAAUUGAUGAUUAUGACAUUGUUAUCAGGCUGAAUUCUGCUCCAGUGAAAGGCUUUGAAAAAGAUGUUGGUGGCAAGACAACAAUGCGGAUAACAUAUCCAGAAGGUGCUAUCCAGAAACCGGAGCAGUAUGAGAAGGAUUCCCUGUUUGUGCUGGCAGGAUUCAAGUGGCAGGAUUUCAAGUGGCUGAAGUACAUUGUUUAUAAGGAAAAAGUGAGUGCUUCUGAUGGCUUCUGGAAGUCUGUGGCAACCCAUGUUCCAAGAGAGCCCCAUGAGAUCCGAAUCCUGAAUCCAUAUUUUAUACAGGAGGCAGCCUUCAGCUUUAUUGGCCUUCCUUUCAACAAUGGCCUGAUGGGCAGAGGGAAUAUUCCUACUCUGGGAAGUGUAGCAAUUACCAUGGUGCUCCACAAUUGUGAUGAAGUAGCUGUGGCUGGAUUUGGUUAUGACAUGAACUCUCCCAAUGCACCACUACAUUACUAUGAGAACAUCAAGAUGUCUGCCAUCAAAGAGUCCUGGACACACAACAUCCAGCGAGAGAAGGAAUUCCUACGAAAAUUGGUAAAAGCUCGAGUAAUCACGGACCUCACCAGUGGAAUCUGAAGAAAAAGCUCAGCAACUGUGCCAGAGAGCACAGCCAGGUGUAUCCAGCUAAGGACAAGGGCAGCAAGAGGUGUUUAGCAAGAAUCCCAGCAUCCAGAAGAUGCCCUUGGAUCCUCUCCCUGGCUUGCUUUGUCUGCCUAUGCUAGGGCCAGCAGGGGAACAGCAGCUCUUGGUUUAAGAGGGCCGGGCCCUCAUUUGGAACUGCCGGAAGAUGUUUUGCUGGAGAUAAAACAUCAGCGGAGAGAAGAAAAAUAGGCUUGUGAAACAAAAUAAAUUUGUGCCAAGUGGGAACAGGAGCCAGGCCAGAGGCCACAGUAUUUGAAUGUAUAAGGCAUUAUUUUUUUAAUAGCAAGAAACAAAAAUGACAGUAAAUAUAUCAAUGGGCACAGUGGAGCCUAGCCUUUGAACAAGCCUGGUGGGAUGCUUUCAUUAGUACUGCAUUUAGCCUGUCCUUGGGCCAGCUAUGGCCCCUCUGCAGGGUCUCAGUUCAUCCAAGGUUUGUCUAUUGUUGGUGCUGCUUUAAUGUCAAAGUAUUGUGAUCUCUUUUUGCUCUAGAUGGAGCAAAUUAAAGUUCUGUUAGAUCUUCAGUCUCCCUGCUCCUCAGGGGGCCUCCACUGCUGCCACUGUUCAUCUGGCUGCAUUUUUAGACUAUUCAUGAAGUUCACCUCAUUAUGUUGGAUGAACUUAACCUGCUUUGCAGGUUCAUCACAGAUUCUGCUGGCAGAUAACCCAGUAUUUGUUUUCACUAGCAUCCAUAUCAUGCUUCUGAACAGCAUGGCACGUUUUCUGUUCUUGUUUCUUUGGAGAAGGAAUAAUUUAUUUUUGGACAAGGACCAAACCGUCCUAAAAUAUGAAGAUUUGUCAGCGUUUAUGGUACCAGAGAUUUUUCUUUCAUUCUACUAUACUUAGUUUAUGAGAAUAAUACUUUGCUCAUGUGUAGAUUUUUCUGUAUGCUGUGAGAUGACAUCUCCCUUGUUUUUCAGCUUCCAUAUAUCUGGUUUUGUUUUGUUUUUUUUCCAGAUGGUUUCUACUUCCCUCUGUAUUCUUUUUAAAUUAUAGCAGGGACUCUUUGUUAUGUAUCUGCUCUAUCUUUCAGAUGCAGUAUUUGCACAAGUAUGUAUUAUCUGUAUUGGUAAGAUUUGAAAUAUGUGUAUGAGAUCCAGCGGUGAAUUUAAAUUAAUUAACAUAUCUUUCCUUAUAUGGAGAGGAUGUAAGAAUCUGGCAACUCUUCUCAUGAAUAUCAAGCUGAAGAAUUCUCAUCCUGUGUAGGUCAAGGGCACAGCUUGCAUUCAGUAGUAUGAAUAUGCAUUUUGUUUGCUCAGUGCCCUAAAAUAGGAGGUUCCUAACGGGACACUGGGUAUUUUGCCAAAUAAGCAAAGUUGAGGCAGUAGCUCAACUAUUCCCAUAAUUAUUUUUAGAGAUGGUCAGAAACUGAAAAAGUGCAACUCUAUAAUAAUGCAAAUAGUGAUGUAAAAGAUCCUGCACAAUCACUUUAGUAAUAAGUCUUUUCAGAAGAUUACAAUAUUGGCCUGUCUGAGUAACUUGGCAAAUGUUACACCAAAAUGUGUAGUUUUCAUUGUGUACGUAUACUGAACUAUGCCCACUUGAAUGGUGGAGGAUGACUGAUUUAUUUGUUGGCCUUCCUAGUCUUGACAGGCUCUUCCUAACCGAGAGUACUUUAGUUGUCUAGAUAUCGACUUGGAAUCGGCCUUUCUAAACAAUGUAUGCAAUUUGCUGCCCCAAGGAGUUAUGAUGGUAACUAAUGUAGAUGGCUUUAAAAUUAAAUUAAAUAAAUUCAGCAAGGAUAACGCUAGUUAUUUUGGUUAUAUGCAACUUCCUGAUUCAGAGGAGUGAUACUUAAAAAUAUCAAGAAGCUGAAAAGCAAUGGCAUUAUUUGUUACUAUUGUUAUGCCAUGCAUGUAGGUCUCUUAGAACAACUGGCUGAUUAUUGAGGGACGCAUGGUGCUGGUCUAGUUGUGCUUUUGAUCUAAUUUGAUAAGAGCUUUUCUUAUCUCCUCAAUCUUAUGAAUGCAGGUGAAUAUCUUUGAAUUUCUCUGUUCUCUAUUUAUGUGCUGUGCACAUGUUCUUCUGAAGGAGGAUAAGCAUAGAAAUAUCAACUGUUUGACCACACCAGCAAAAAUUGGAGUGGUUCCACCGCCUGCGGAAUAUAGCAUACAUCUAAAAGAUUAGUUUUUCCCUCAAUAAUUACUUUUAUAAUGGAGAUAAUCACUUAGAUGGCAAUGGAGAUAAAUGUAUUUUGUUUUUUCAAUCUCCCUUUUGGAGGGAAGGGAUCAGCUUAAAUGGAGGACUGUUUUUCUUUUGUAUAAAUAUAAUACUUGAGUCAUGGAGUGUUUGGAUGGAGCCAGUUGCAGAACUUGUAUCAGUGUAUAUGUUUCUUGGGUUACAUGUUUUUUUCUAUGUCUUUUUUUUCAUUGGAUGUUGUGAGUCAAGGAUUCCACACUUGUCGGCAGCUAAACAUAUACGUUCCAAAUGGUUAGGAUGGUUUUUGUACAAGCUCCAUUUUGGUUGGAAGGUUAACUUUAGGGAGGAUAUGUUGAAGAAAUGUAGAAGAAAAGAAAUAUAUAUACACAAGAAAAACCUAAAGAGAUGAUUAGAUAGAUGAUAGAUAGAUAGAUAGAUAGAUAGAUAGAUAGAUAGAUAGAUAGAUAGAUAGAUAGAUAGAUAGAUAAUACUAAUAAAGAUGAUUAUUUGUAGCUUGAGGUUGACAUGAGGGGUCCUUGGUGCUCUCUGAGCUUGCUUAUUUUCUUGCAGACAUUUCAGUACACAAACUAGGUAACAUCAUCAGAUGCUAGCACUGAUGAUGUUACCUAGUUUUGGUAAUAAAAUAUCUUCAAGAAAACAAGCAAGCUCAUAUAGCACCAAGGACCCCUCAGAUAGAUGAUAGUCUGACCUCUAGGUGGAAGCAAAGUAACAUAAAGCAAUUGCUGAUAGAAGGCUCAAGGGCCAUCUCCACCAAGGGGUUUAUGGUACAGAAAGCCUACACCUGAGUCUCAAACUUAGUGUGCUAUCCCCGAUCAUCCUCACUAAAUGAAAAAACAAGACACAGGACUUGUAUACCUUAUAAUUGGGUAACUUGUCAUCCAGUCUUCACCUGCUGAAACUCAGUUUUUACAUAAGGAUUUAGGAACCUAUUCUCUUUUGCAUUUGGCCACUGCAUCAAGUACCCAUGUGUAGUAUGGCUCACUUUUAGUGGGUGGAAGGUGGGGAGCUGCUUGUAUACAUUAUUACUUUUAAAGUAGUCAGAUUUUUUUGAUUGUUAAUAAAAGUAUAUUUCUACCGUAACAAAUGUAUAUAUUGGUAGAACUGCCAUUACUUAUUUGAUUUGAAUUUUUUAAAACUUUGGGCUUUAGUCUUUAACUUAAAGUACCAAAACCAGUCAAGAUUCUUCCUAAGACAAUCAACAGCACAUAUGAAUUUCAUUAUAUAUAAUUUAAGGCUAGAUCUUAGUUUGUUUUCUGUUUCUCUGUGGCAUUCAUUUAUCAACUAGGUCAGUAUACUACACUUUAAGCAUAUCUGUUUUGGAUGAUUCUUACAAGCCUUUUUACUGUUUUGAAUUUAUCUCAUUUAAUGCACUUCCAUUGUAAGAUUUCCAACUCCAGUUAUUGCCAAGGUCUGUCCAAAACAUGAAAAAUAUCUGCAAAAAACAUUUUUUUUACCUAUAUGGCUACUUCUAUUUUUUGAAAUUGAGUGAAAAUAGUAAGACUAAAUACAAGAAGUAUUUGACAAGCCAAUACUCUGACCUCAUCUGACACAUUACUUGAAUCACUUCCUCCAACUGGCUUUGUAGUAUGUCCUCCAGAAAAAUUGAAAGUAGGCAGAAUUGAUAAAGCAUUUCAUUCACAUUUCAUUCAAAUUUCCAAGAGAGUUUAAUGGAAGUUUCUGAAAAAACAUAAUUCUUAUUGCAGACAAAGUGGAUAUAAAGUGCUUGUCUUCUUGCAGAUCUAAAGAGAGAACAACUCAACUCAAACUCUUAGUUGGGCUUAUCUUGCUCAAAUGUAUCCCUCAAUUUCUUCCUGUACUGUAGAUGCAUUCAACUAGGAGUGAAAAGUUGCAGUAGAGGAAGGUGACUAAACCUUGCCUGAUUCAACUAAACCCCUAGAAGCAGUGGUGGGAUUCUACCGGUUUGGACCGGUUCAGCCAAACCAGUAGUUCCCACUUCCUGCUGAGAGCAAACUGGUUCUUUGUUGCUGUGAAAGUGGGCCUGCCCACCCGCCCACAGUUCAUAUUGACCUUUAUUUCUGCUUCUGAAACCCAGCUGAUCAGGGACAGUAGAUUGAAUUGGCCCUCCUCAGCUGCUUUCCUUACUCUUUUCCUUGUUUGCAAUGCGGAAGUUCAAUAUUAUGGAAACUGCAUGCAUGUGCAGCACACGUUUGGCUUGCCCAUAAGCAAAGCGAGAGUGCGGUCAUGAAGCAUGUGCUCAGCGAACCGGUUGUUCAACCGGUAGGAUCCCACCCCUGCCUAGAAGCAUACCCCAGAAAACAAAACCAAUGGAGAAAAAACAAAGGUGGUAGGAUUUCCUCCUUGGUUUUUAGUUGUUGUCAAAAUAACAUGCCAUUGCAAUUUGCCUUCUUAUACAAGUUUGCAACUACAUGUAGUGCCCCAGCAUCCUUAAAUUGAAUUGCAUUGAAAUCUGGCAGCAAAAUAACUGAUAUGUUGGUAGAGAAAUUUUAGCCCAUUUUUGGACAUUUCUGGGGGUAAAAAUGGAAGUACUUUUCCUCUAGAAACUUCCUACAUCUGCUGGGUCUUUGAAGCAUUCAGGUCCAAUGGCAUUUAGUAGUGAGAAACUCAGCACCUCCAAUCAAAUGCAGAGCUACCCAUUAGAGGAAAAUGCUAAUUAAUGCCCCAUUUCCCCUUUUCUUUCAGAAGAGGCAUUAUAUUAGAUGGAGUUUGUGAGUUAAUAAAUCCAAAGGGACAUCACUGAACAUAGUCGUAGUCAUCAAACUUGUAUGUAAUUGGCACUUCUCACAUGGAUAUGGAUCAUGGGAGCAGGACAAAUCGUAAGAAAGAAAGGGGUAGAAGAUGUGGAUCCUAUUCCUAUUGCUACUCAUUCCAUAAAGUCUUGUAAUUCCUAGUCUCCUUAUCUCUAUCAGAGACUUUCAUCUUGAAGAAAGAUGAAUAAGAAAGACAAACAUUGCUUCCAUAGCUCAAGCAGUCAAGCAAUUCAAUGCAUGGCAUCCAAAUGAAGCAUGCAAGUCAUCUUCAAAUAGGUCUAAAUUCUCAAUAUUUUGAUUAAGAGGAAGGGAAAUUGUCACAGGAAGAAACUGAAAAGCCUUCUAACCAAAAUAUCCCUUUCUACCUAAUUUAUUUUCUUUAGACAAAGACAAUCCAUAUUUCAUCCACCGGUAGGAUAAGCUAAAUUUAAAAACAACACAUAAGUUGCAUAAAGGACAAAAUUCAAAAUUCUUUUACCAUUCAAAAAACACUAGAAAAGAGAACGGGAGAGUGGGAAGCCCCAUCCCAAUAAAGCCCUUCAUAAGUUAGCUAACAAUUUGUUUCCUCCCAAAACCAAAAUAGAAGGAAAACUCCAACUUCAUUUCUUUUUUUUCUUUUUUUUAUAAAAAGUUUUAUUUUUACAAUCAUAUCAAAUAAUUCAUCCAAUGUACAGUUAUAUACAAUUAGUCGGGCUUGCCCAGUCACCACCACCCUUUUUAACACUCUUCCCUCUUCUACCUUCUUUUACUUUCCAAACCUUCCUCUCCUUCUCUUAUCUACAUCCGCUCCUCCUUCCACCCUACACCUUCCUUCUCCCUCUACUAUCCCUCUUCCUUCCUCUUUUCCUCUUUCCUACCUCCUACUCUCUCUUUUCUCCCUCCUCACCGUUCUAAAAUGGUAACUAUGCAGACCCGACCCUACAUUAAUUAUAUUUCUUCAAUACUCCAACUUCAUUUCUAACUAUCAUCAACAAAGAUAACAAAAGUGGCCCAAAGAUUUACCCUAAUCCUCUAUGUAAAUAGUUGGAGCUGUUCAAUCCUUUGCCAUCAUAAAUUAAUUCAAAGGCAGAAGUAAUGGUAAGAAGUCCAAUCCUAAUUCCUGCAGAUAUGAAUAAAACAAGACUGCGUUUAUGACAGCAGCCUUCAUUUGGAUGCCAUGCAUUGAAUUAUAGAAAUGUGGAGUUGGACGGAAGCAGCUUUUUAACCCUCCACAAUGUACAAGAAAACUAAUUAACCAAGCUUUGAAUGUUGGCUGUCCAGUUUAUUUCUAAAAACCUCCAAAGAUAGAGAACACAACCUUUCAACUGUCGUACAGUUCUUAAUAUCAGGAAGCUUUUCCUUAUAUUUAAAUGAAAGCUAGAGUUCUGCAACUUAUAUCCAUUGUUUCUGGUCUAGAUUUUGUGGCAAUGGAAAAGCACAUUCAGUUUCAAUAUCAAGACAGUAGUGGUUAGUAAUCAUGUUAAAAGAAAUACCUGACAUUGGUUCUGGCAAAGGGAAUGUUUUUAAUACUGCAUGACUAAUCUCUGCGAUUCAUUAUCACAAUAUGUUGCGAUAGUUACCAAUCUGGAUGGGUUUCAAGAAGAUUGAAUGCAUCUCGGAGGCCUCUGAUUGGUCACACUGAAAACAAAAACAAGACUGUUCUAAUAUUCUUAAAAUAUUAUAUGGAAAAUGAAAUAAGCUAGCAUAAUCUUGAAUGAGGUCAUGGUAUUGAUUGUGAUAUUGGAAACCAAACUUUGGAGACCAAAUACAAAAAAUAAAGACUGAAAAUCUAAGUUAUAAUCUUUCUUUAUGACCAGCAAGCAACUAACUGAUCAGUGCUGAUUAGCUGCUCAGAAUAAGUAUUCCAGCAAAAUCUUAACAGGAAAGAAAAGAGAAUACCUUAACUACAGUGGUACCUUGAUACUCAACUGCUUUGAAACUCAUCAAAUUUGGCAGUCAACACACAAGCUAGAACUUGUCAGUGUCGACUGCCUUUUGACUCAGCAACAUUAUUCCUUAUUGGAAAAAUUUAUUCAGUUCUCAUCUUUUUGGUACCCAUCAUGCCUCCUGGAACUAAUUAAUGAUGAGUACCAAGAUACCACUAUAUUAUUCAGUGUACCUCAACAAAAAUGUAUGUUUAGUACCAGGAAGUUCUGAAAAACAGGAGGAAUGACAGGAUUGAAUCCUGAAAUAGAUAAAAAUAAUAAAGGGCUAUCUGUUUACUUCCAAGUUAGAUCUCAAGGGCCAGAUGAAUUGCAUCCUAGAGUUCUGAAAGAAUCAGAUAAUUGUUUGACUGAAUUUUUAUCUUUUAGUCUUGAAAAAUCUGGAGAGUUUUAAAAUGUUAUACGAUUAGAUGAUAAGAAAUAUCAUGAUCUUCAGAAAUUGGGGAAAAGAAGACCAGCAAAGUACAAAUCAAUCAGACCGAUCUGGGAAGAUUCUAGAGGAGGCUAUAAAUGGAUCCACCUGUAAGCACUUGAAAAGUGUUGUAAUUUUAUCAAUGAUAAGUCUUGCUACACAAAGUUUACAUUUUUAUUGACUUCCUCGACAUAUUGUAAGAAUGCUAUGGACAUUGUAUGUUUUUAUUUCAGACAAGCAAAGCAUCCUCUGACAUGUUGUUGUGUACAUGUUGCAUUACAGAACGCUGGAUGGAAUAUUCAAGGAAGGCAGACUCUAACUGAACGUUGGGGGGGAACCCUAAACAGUUCAGUUUGAGAGUAGAAACAGAUAUUUGGAGGAGAUACAAGUGGAGGUCAGACAAGUGAUCUAUUAAUUUGAAUUUUUAUACUGGAAUAGGGAGUUGGGCUCCUUGAGCUAAAUGGCCUCUUCUAAAAGGUUAACUAUGGUCUUUUUUAUGACAAAGGGGUAAGGAGGAGAACUUUAGAAUCAAUCUUGUUAAAUUAUUAAAUUCUUUUGCUUAUAAAAUCAUUUCCAAAUGUUUUUCUUGCAACAUUUUAUAAAUGUUUAAUGCUACAUUAUUUUACCAUUGCUAUAUGUAUGCAUAUUUUCUGUUAAAUUGGUUCAAUAAGAAUACAUUUUCUAAAUAAAAGAGAAUUUGAAUACUUCCCAAACUAAUUGACAUCUUGAGCUGCUCAUCAACUGACCACCAUUAAAGGAUUAAAGCAAAUUAUAUCUCCACCACACUGGCUUCUCUGGACAACCAUUAUUCAGCAAGACUUCUUUACUUUGAACACAACCUUCUAUGUAGAUUUCAUACUUUAAGACAAUUCCAAGGUCGCCCUUUCAUAUGGCUCUUACUUUCCUCCCAGUAUUAAAUUAAUUUCCCUCAGUGGAAAUUUCUUGUCUGAUCUUUUUUUCUUUAAGAUUCACUGAGGCAUAAUAAUCGCACUUAUUGCUUUGUGGGAUCAGCAAGCUUAGUUGGGAUCACAGGCAUUUUUUAUUCCAUUUUGUAUCCAUCUAUUCCGAUAACAGAUAUUUGUGAGAGAUCAGCAGUGAUUCCCAAGAUGCUUCCUCACCUAAAUAAAUGGGUGUCUUGUUGUAUAUAAAGUAUAUAGUGACUUCAUCCAAUUUUGCUAGUGUCACCUACCACUUGAUGUUCCAACCAGGAGCUCAGGAAUCUGUUUUCUUCCACUCUGAGAAGUUGGGUGACCCUGCCUUUUAUUUUUAGGGGAAGCAUAGGUAAUUAAGGAUGAAACCCACAAAAUUUUGCAAACCAAUUCCAGAAAAGCCAUUAGGUCUUUGGGAUUCAGUUGCCUUUCUCUCCAUUCCAUUCAUCAGGUACACUUCCUAGAGCAAUUGCAGAAAUCAACAUUGGUUAAGGAAGGGUGUUAUUCUCAGCCCUUCUCAGUCCACCUCCCCUUCUGGGCUAAAGUUACACGAAACUGAAAAUAAUUAUUUUUUGAACUAGCUGCCACUCUAAGAAGUCUUACCUGAUUAAUCAGAUUAGCAACAACUUUUCAGGAAAAAGAUAUUUUUUGUUUGAAGUGGUGGGAAUAUGUGUCACGACAACAACUAUCUUUCAUAAGAGUUACUUUGAACUGUUUGAGCAACUGUGAGAAUGUGUGAUCCUCCAGUUAUUGCUGACAUACAGUUCUCCAUUUAAUCUAGUUAGCAUGACCAGUGAUGAACGAUACUAGGAAUUCUGGUUCAGCAACCUGUGGAGGAUCUCUAUUCCUUGUUUAAGGGAAAAAGGGCAGUCCCCUUGUUAAUGAUGUUUGGUGACUCCUUGAGGUUGUUGGGGGAAUGUGGUAAAUCUUUCUUUGCUAGCUUGAGGGGUGGCGGCUGGAGUCUUUGAACAGAAUGAGAAGAUGCUUUUCAAAUUUGCUGACUCUCAGAAUGAUAUGUUUGGUUGCUAUAUUCACCAUGUGCCCCAUUACCAUUGUCUGCAAUCCCUUUGUUUCAACAUAUAGAUUUCUAUAUAUUGCAGUGAUUGAACAUAUUUGAGGGAGCAGAGUUUCUGCUGACAUGUUUUGCAGAGAAAUUGAACUGGACUGAAGCGGAUAUACUGACAGUUAGAAUUUCCUGACAGUUAAAAUUUCCUGACAGUUAGAACAAUCAAUAAGUGGAACAACUUGCCUGCAGAAGUUGUGAAUGCUCCAACACUGGAAAUUUUUAAGAAAACGUUGGAUAGCCAUUUGUCUGAAAUGGUGUAGGGUUUCCUGCCUCGGCAGGGGGUUGGACUAGAAGACCUCCAAGGUCCCUUCCAACUCUGUUAUUAUGUUAUGUUAUGUUAAUGUUUAGGAUGACAAAAAGGCUCACUCUUAAAAGGUUUAGACAAAUGGCAUAAAAAUUCAGUUAUUAUCUUCUUAUGAAUUUUCUCCAUUAUUAAAAGAAAAAGCUGUGCAAAGUGGCAUUUGUGAGCUUCAAAGCCAUUAUGUUAUAUUCAUACCAUGGAAGCAAUAAAAAAAUGAAGAAUCUGGUUCCUCUAUUCUUUUGUGCUUCCACAAACGGCUAUGUAAACUGCUGUCUCAGCAAACAG